UGUGACUUCUCUCUCUAUCAGAUCUUUUCUUAUCUUCCUUUCGCUUUGGGAGAGACUAAUCAGUUUUAUUUUUAAUUUAAGGGAUUCCUGAGCAAACUCUUACUAACAAAGAAAACAAGAAAAGGAGAGUUCAGAAAGAGAAAGCCAGAGAGAUAGAGAAAACGAUACCUAAGUUCAAUUUGUAUCUUCUCUCUCUCUUUUCUAUGCAGCAAUCUCCAAAGGAUCCGAGGUACAGAAGAGAUAUAUAAUUUAUAUAUAUUUAUAUCGUGAAGAAGAAGAUUGAAAGAUUCAUAUGUGAAUAGCUAAAAGCCUAAAAACGUCUCCUUACUACUACAAUUCUCUUGCAAUAUAUAUUUCUAUGUCCCAUGAUUACCAUCAUCAUCAUCAACAACAACACCAAGGAGGAAUCUUCAGCUUCUCUAAUGGAUUCAACAGAUCAGAUUAUCCUAAUUAUCUAAGUACUCAGGAGAAGCAAGAAAUUCAAAGGGUACUAGUAGAGAUGGACGAGGAAUCUUCAGUCGCCAGAAGUGGGAUUCCUGUUUAUGAUGAACCUGCUGGAAUGUUAUCAGAGAUGUUUAAUUUCCACAGAAGCAGCAGUGGAGGAGGAGAUCUUGACCACUCCCACUCUUUCCGGUCACAUAGACAAUUACUUGAGCAGCAACAUCAGAAUAAUAUUCCGGCCAUGAAUGCUACGGAGUCAGCCGCCGCCAUGCAGCUAUUCCUAAUGAAUCCACCGCCACCGUCUACAAGAAGUCACCACGGUUCUUCAACUCUUCACAUGUUACUACCAAAUCCAUCUCAUCACCAAGGCUACACUAAUACUAUGUCUAUUCAUCAUUUUCCACAUCAGCAUCACCAACCUCUGACGUGGCAGUCUUCUUCCGACCAUCACAACGGCCAAACCGAGAUCGGGGCCGUCCACGUGGAAAACAGCGGUGGAGGACAAGGCUUGUCCUUAUCUCUCUCGUCGUCUUUAGAGGCAGCAGCAAAAGCUGAAGAGUAUAGAAAAAUUUACUAUGGAAGCAACUUAUCAUCUCAUCACCAUCAAUACAAUGAGUUCAAGACUCUUCUUGCUGACUCCUCUCAACAUCAUCAUCACGUAUCAAACCAGUUCCUAUCAUCUCCGGCGGCGGCUUCUUCAUCUUCUUCUUCCAUAGGAGCAAUCAAUAUCUUGAGAAACUCGAGGUACACGAAGGCAGCUCAAGAGUUGUUGGAGGAGUUUUGUAGCGUUGGAAGAGGAUUCUCCAAGAAAAAUAAAGUUAGGAACAAUUCAAACCCUAAUGCUAGCGGUGGCGACGGUAGUAAUAGCGGUGGUGGUGGCUCUCCAUCGUCGGCCGGAGAAAGUAAGGAACGUCCUCCUUUAUCGGCAUCUGAUCGGAUCGAGCAUCAAAGAAGGAAAGUGAAGUUACUCACCAUGCUUGAAGAGGUGGACAGACGGUAUAACCAUUACUGCGAGCAAAUGCAGAUGGUUGUGAACUCUUUCGACAUAGUAAUGGGCCACGGUGCAGCGAUACCGUACACCGUUUUGGCUCAAAAGGCUAUGUCGAGGCAUUUCCGAUGCCUUAAAGAUGCUGUGGCAGCUCAGCUUAGACAGAGCUGUGAACUUCUUGGGGACAAAGAUGCAGCCGGAAUAUCUUCUUCCGGUUUAACUAAAGGCGAAACGCCGCGGUUGCGUUUGUUAGAACAGAGUUUGCGUCAGCAACGUGCGUUUCAUCAAAUGGGGAUGAUGGAACAAGAAGCUUGGCGGCCACAACGCGGUUUGCCUGAACGCUCCGUUAAUAUCCUUAGAGCUUGGCUCUUCGAGCAUUUCCUCCACCCGUAUCCAAGCGAUGCAGAUAAGCACCUCUUGGCUCGACAGACUGGUUUAUCCAGAAAUCAGGUCAGUCUAUAAAUAUAAUACAGGAAAUAAAUAUGACAUAUAUCUACUUUAUA